AUGCAUACACCAUCGCCACAACUCCUCCGCGCCCUGCGCACCACCCUCUCCGCCAACCCGCGCCCCAUCCUCCCCCGACUCACACCCAUCCUCCCAUCAUCGCAUCGCAACUCCAGCACCGCCGUCCGCCCCACGCGCAUGAUCCCGCGCUCUCACACCCACAAGCCCGCCAGCCACGACCGUGGUCCGCAAUCAGAAGAAAGCACCCAGACCGACUUCAACGCGUUAAACGUGUUGGGUGGCGUCGAGGCGCCGACUACUGCUAUCGACGCAUGUCUCGAUUCCGGAUUCCAUCUUAACAGUGGCUUGAAGAUCACGGGUGGUUCGGGCAUGAUGCUUGUGGGUGGGGAGGCUUUUUCUUGGCGGCCGUGGAAGGUAGCUGAGGGCAAGUUUGAGGAUGAGCGCGCGGCUAAGGCUGCGAUGAUUAAUGCGAAGGGCCAAUUUGAGUUGGGGGAGGAGGCUUUUGGGUUGUUGAGUGUUGUGUGGCCGAGACCUGAUAUGCUCAUUCUUGGUUUGGGUGCCUCGAUGUAUCCCUUGUCGCCUGAAACAAAGCGUCAGAUUAAUUCGCUGGGCAUUCGAGUGGAUAUUCAGGAUACGCGCAAUGCCGCGGCACAGUUUAAUCUGUUGGCUACUGAGCGCGGCGUGACCGAGAUUGCGGCUGCGAUGAUCCCGAUCUCAUGGAAGGGGAGAUCAUGA